UUCGAUUGAGUAGACAUAUAGCCCCACAGGAUAUAAAUCUAAGCCAGAAAACUGCCCCGGCAAGCCGAUGUCAACACGACCAGUUGAUGCCCUGCUUCCUUGACGUGACAUCUGCUGAGACCCUCCCCAAUCCUCCCUCCUAGACAUGUCCUCCUCGUUGUGGCAGCAGGAACCCACCGCAUAUUCCCCCAGCGUAGAGAUCGACUCCAGCUCAAUGCGCAGGAAGGCGCGGCCCAGCGGCGGCCAGCCCUGGAUGAAGCAGGAGUGCGAGCUGGACGUGGGCUUGUGGGACAACGCCAACUCCGGGACAACCAGUGAUGUGGAACAGGACAACACUCUGAGCAGCGCUGUGUCCACGGCCACCACCCUUGAGGGCCUCCCUCCCAGCGUCAUGCUGACCAUCACCAAGCUGCAGUGCCUGCUGCAGAGCCGUCAGGAGCGCAUCCGCGCCCUGGAGAGGCAGGUGGAGGACCUGCAGCAGGACCGCAAGUUCCUCCGCACGCAGAUCGAGAACCUCACCAGCACCCGCCAGGUGGCGGCCUCGGAGCCUCCCAAACCCAGCAAGUCCCAGUACGCAGAGCCCAAGCCACGGAAGCGGCCGCGGGACGCCUCGUCCAGCUCCAGCGCCUGCAACGACAGCGGGUCCGAGCUGUCCGCCUCCUCGGCGCUCUCCGGGGCCUCCAACGACCUCAGGAAGAGAAGACACCACAAGGAGCGGAGGAGGGGGAAGAAGGGAAAGGACUACAGCAGGAAAAGAGCGACUGGAGUGCAGUACGUCAUUCACCGCUACAAGCAAGUGCUCUCGGCCUUCAACAAGAAGAAGAGCAUGAGCGGCGCGUUCCGCCACUACGGCAUCGACCGCAACACCAUCGCCAACACGGCGCCCAUCGCCGAGCUGCACCUGGCCGCCAUGGAGGCCCUGCCGCUGGUGGGGCUGUUUCGCCCGCGCGAGGAGACGCUGGUCAGCUACGCGCAGAAGUGCGCGCUGGUCAUCGAGGCGGACGCGGCCGUGUCCAGGAAGAUCGAGCAGAUGAAGGCCACCGGUGAACUGCUGCCCAUCACUGCCAAGAAGACCAGAACUCUCUCUCUGGUUGGCUCUCUCUCUCAUUGUCUUUCAGAGAUGCCACACACAUGAAAACUGUCAAUAAUAACAUUUACUCUUUUGUUGAAGUUAUAGACUUAGGGAGAACAGUAGCGCCAUCAAAAGUGUGUAUAAACUGUUAAGGAGAAACUGCAUGUUUUUCUAAAUGUAAACUCAAAGCUUUCAUUCCUUGCCUUGUGUUUGGAAAGAGGAACAGUGUUGAAAAUGCUUGAAGUCACUCUGAAACCACAUGGAAAUAAUGAAAUUCUAUUGAGUCUACUCUGAAACCAAAGUGACACGGUCUGAAACCACAUAGAGGCAUUCAACACAAUUUUCUUUUACAAGAAAAGUCCAAAACCUCUUUUCAAAACAAAGUACACUAAGAAUAAACUGUUGUGCUUUGGUCAAGUUUUCUGAACAAAUGACCUGAGAUGUAGAAUCUCUCUUGUCUUUAAUGCCAAGGAGCUGGAUAACUCCUUGGUAAGCUCAGGCCCACACUAAACGGUUCCAGAAUAUUCCUCUAGACUUAUUCUGUAGUUUUUCUUUUAUCGCAGAAGCCUUUUGAUAGAUGUAUUGUAUGUUUGGACAUUUCAGUAAAUAAUCAAACAUGUAUAAAAUGGUAAUAAAGACAUAUCGGUAUUUUAAAUGAGUUAUAUAGGCCUAAUAAAAAUGUAUGGUGUGCAUAAUACUUUGGUUAAAACAUUUUGACAUUAUAUGAAAACAAAACUGUACAUUUCACUACAUGAAGCCUUUAAUAAAGAACACGUCGUCUUGA